AGCCAUCCAAAGCCGUUUUCGUCUCUGGCAGAGCAUUUUUUUCCCCCCAUCUGUUUUUGCUCGGAAGGACGAUAGCAAGCAAUAGAAAGAAGAGCCACCAAUGCGUAUAAUUUAAAAACACUGUCAAGCAGUGAUGAGCGAAGAAUCCUGUUGCAUAGUCUUGCGGAACCAUGUUCUUCAGCGUUGACCAUGACCGAAAAACUUGGAAACUUGUAGCGCAUAUUGCUUGGCGACUGGCGUGGGCCUGCAUUGUGCGAUAAGUGAUCUUUAGAUGUAGGAAGUGCAACAGACAAGUGAUUUUUUGUUGUUAUCGCCACCUCAUCGCAUGGCGUUCAAGUUGGUUCUUCGUGCCUCCAACCUGAUGUUAUGAACCUUCAAAGUCUCUUUGAAGACUUCAAUCCUAGUCGUUUUCUAGUUCACUGCUGCCUGCUAGCGUUCACGCUGCUCUUCUCGUUGAGGCUCGAUGGCGUCAUCUCGUGGAACUACUGGGUCGUGUUCCUUCCCCUUUGGAUCUGGAAGUUUAUGGUCAUCGUUGGAGCCGUGGUGGGCAGCUACGUGUGGUGGACGCACCCACAAUACAGGAAUGAAGGGGAUGGCCAGGUCCACUACCAGGCAAUGGUCAUCAGCCUGUUCCUGCAGCUGCUGCUCCUCGUCUUUGAGGUGCUUGCCUGUGACAACCUUCAGAAUGAUCGGCACCUCUGGACUCUCGUCUUUAUACCGCUCAUCUUCAUCUCGGUUCUCUCCAUUGCCGUGUGCAUAUGGGCAGUCAAGCAUGACCGCUCCUUUGAGCUGGAGCUCUUCUGUUCUGUGAACGUGCUGCAGUUUAUAUUCCUGGCUCUCCAGCUCGACAAGUUCAUCCAGUGGAGCUGGGUGGUGGUGUUUGUGCCAUUGUGGAUUGUGAUGUGCUUGGCAGUGAUCGGGGUGCUUUAUGCGAUCAUCUUUGCGAGCAUCUUGUUGCGCACCCCUGAAGUGAGCCCCGAGCAGCGACGCACUAGCCUACACUCGGCCAUCUCCUACAGCAUGAUCGUGGGCCCUCUUCUUGUGUUCCUGGUGUUGCUGUCGAAUAAGCUGGACACGGAGGACAGCCUUGGCUAUACUGAAACUUGCACGCCCCUCUAUUUCACGUUCCUUGUUCUCAUCUUCCUGUCCUUUGGAUCCAAAGGAGGAAACCAUUGGUGGUUUGGAAUCCGCAAGGACUUCUGCCAGUUCCUGUUAGGAGCCUGCCCAUUGCUUCAGGAGUACGGCAACAUUUCCUACAGCCUGCACAACAACGAAGCUGACAGCCCACCCUCGAUGGAUGCCGUUGCUGCCUCGGAGGUCAAGUCGAUACCUCGGCAGCGUCCUCGAAGUUCGGUGCUUGCUGAACCUCGUCCUAUUGUUGCAGCUCUCGCCAUUGACACACCAGACUGACAGCAUUGGUGGCAGGCAGCUGCUAUUCUUUCUUGCCCUUUAACCAGAAAGCUUGCUGAGAAAAAGUUAGUAGGGGCCAUUUUGGCACGAGGCAAGUGGAUUACUUUGGUUGUGGCCCCGUUAUGUUCCUCUACUUCCACACCAACUUUAACAAAGAGAAGUGCAGCCUCAUGCAGUCUUUUUCAAAAGCAGAAGGCCAUAGAAAGGACAUCAUAGCUUAAAGGGGCACUACAGAGAAAUGCUCGAUUAGUAGAUUGCACAAGACAUUGCUACAGCAAAUUUCAAGGAGAGGAUAAAUUACUUCAUUAGGACUGCUUAAAUUACUUCGUUAUGACUUCCAGAAAUUUUUAUAACUGUUACUUUGUUGUAACUGUUGUCUACACUUAUGACCAACAUUGCUUGCCAUGGCGAGACGGUCUGGGGUGUUAUCACAUGGUAAGCUGAAGCUGAUGUAAGAGCUUGGCACGCACCACUGAAGGACUGCACAAGGUUGUUUUCUGCCGCAUCUUCUCCAUCGGGAUGAGUGCUUCUCUAAAUGCAGCUGUCAACACUAGUUCAUCUUGGUCAUCGUCGUGCGUGAAGUAACAAUGCAACAAAUCUGCCAUGUGCAGAGCUUGCAAAGCUGUCUUGCAGUGCAUGCUGUGCCGUCUGAUCAUGACCAUAGUAAACUGCUGUGUGCACACCGUCAAGUUAAGGGGUCUGCAUCUUUGCAUACUGCUCUCAUGUCAUCGGCGAUUGCUCGGCGUAUCAGAAUUUCGUGAGUGGUGGAGUGCUGCAGGCUUCCAAUUUUGCACACUGCUUGUUGCUUUCGAACACCAGAAAGGCAUUUCUUCACUCAACAAAGGCAUGGCAUGUUAUGCACAGAGUGCACAAAAGAAUUUGGGAGCGAGUGGGAGUUUGCAGCAGCUGUAGAGUGUAGGAGUGGCUGCCGACUUGGCAGCAUGGUCGGAUUGGCAUGUUCUUGAACUGCUGCAACUGCUGAUUUAGUAAGAGCACUAAUACAGUAUCAAAUUUACGCCUAAUCAACACGAAUAAGAUGAAGUCUGUCCCAAGCUAUGAAGCUUUUGUUCUAUUCAUUUGUAGGACAUUUUUGCUUCGUUAAAGAGAAGUUUCAAAAGCAAGAAUUUUCGUUUGAAUUUCAUGAGGAUUUGCACUUAGUUUGGUAUAUCUAUUAAUUUCUUCUAACCUGUCUUACAGUGAGUUUUGACUGUAGACAAAUGUUACUGUGGCUGGAGGCUUUACCAGCCGAUCAGUGUACAUCACUUAGGAAGUUACGUCUCCAUAGGCUUCGGCUUCACCAACGCAUCACGAAGGUCAAUCAAAAGUCUAGAAAGGAAACGAAAGUACUUUCUUUUUGAAGAUAAACAAGAACUUAGCUCAAUAGUUCUUGCACAUUUUUCCACCACAAUUAAGGGCACAAACAUGUAGAAAUGCCACUGUAUUUGUGGUACAAAGAGAAUGUUGUGGCCGCUGUGAUUUUGGUGCGAUGUUCAAGGAGGGGAAGUCUGCUUUUAUUUGUGCUCCUAAUUGUGAAUCUUUUACUGCCAAAGAAAUACAGAAGGAGUUUUGAAAGACUAAUUCUUCAGUGUUUCUCUUCAGUAUCUUUUAAAACAAAAGUGAAAUUGAGUGGUGUGCGGGACCGGUGUUCACAACCAACACAGUGUACAUCUGAAUCGCAGGUGACAUGCCGAUACCAUCACGGGAUGACAUUUUUUUUUACUUGGUCUGAACUGAUGUGAGCAUGUGGAAAUUGAUUGCUGGCCAAGUGUUGGAAGCUUGACAUAGGUCAUCUAAUUAUACAGUCGACUCCUGUUAAUUCAGUGUUCACGGGACUAGCGAAAGUGAUCAAAUUAUCCUGUGGGUCGAAAUAAGCAAGAUGCAUAAAAAUGCCAAAAAGCUGCACUAAUUCAUUUGGUAGUAGUAUUUGCCAGAUUCUAACACGUCCCCAAAUCAAGCAUGUGCCUACCUUGUCUCCAAAGUAGAAACAUAAUGGAUAAAUGACAUUAAAGCUCCUAAACAAAGUGGGAAUAUAAUGUGCACAUGAUUUUUUAGCUUGAAGAAUGGCAAAGAGUCUUAAUAUGUGUUGCACCAUGAUAGCCAGUUUCUGAAAGUCAACUUUGCUGCAUGUUUUUUUUAGAAGUCAGAUUCAGUGCAAUACAUCGGUGCUUUGUCAGGCUAGAUGGAGUGAAAAACCGGCAUCAAAAUGACAGACUUUGCCCAGCCGUGAAUGGUCGAUCCCCGGUGUCUAAAAGUUUGAUGCCUGCUGCCGACCUGGCUCAACCAGAAAAACUUCACCUAGUGAACUGUUGAAAUUAAAGUGGAGAGAGGAAACAAAAUUUUAAUAAUGCCUCAAUGUUGUGAAAAUUGCACCAAAAAUGGCUGUCACAAUUCUCUGAGCUGUAUCUGUUAGAGUGUUUAAAAUGUUCUAAACAAUCUAAAGUGUUAGUUUGUUUAAAGGUACACUAGAGGCAAAUACUAAGUCAAUAUGGACUGUUAAAAUACCAUUCCAGAAACGUCGAAGCACUUGUUUUGUGCCAAAAAAGACGGUUUAUGAGAAAAUUGUGUUUGAAGGCUCUGCACACCUUUAGCGUAAUUCAAAUCGCCCGCCCCCAUGCGAGGAGUGGCGACAUUGCAUAUGCCAUUGCCAUCGGUUACUGCCCUUGGGGAGUAAAAUGGCACCUGAGAGAUGGUGCAAUGGUUUUUUGCGCAAAACAUGAACGCGCGGCUGUAGAUAAACCUAGCCAUGACAGAGCGGUGGAUUCGCCACUGCAGCUGCUCUUGGUCAAAUGGUAUGGACCAUUCAGGGAUCCUGCGACAUCACGUGGACGUGGCAUUCUCUUGUAGUUUGUGAGAGUU